CCGGGACUGCAGCGCAUCUAGUGGACAAUCACGGUGCUGCAGGGAUUCAGCAGCUCCGGAAAGUUAAAGGAUCCGGAACCCGGAAGUCCCGAGAGUUAACAUGGCUUCGAAAGAACAGGUCGAGAGUUUAACCGAGGAGGUAAUUUGUCCCAUCUGCCUGGAUUUCUUCACCGAGCCGGUGUCACUGGAGUGUGGUCACUACUUCUGCCGCUCCUGUAUCACACGGUGUUUGGAAAGGGAGGUGCGAAACUCCUGCCCGGAAUGUAGAGAGGAGAUUGCAGACCGCACACUCAGGGUCAAUCGGGUUUUAGCAAAUCUGUCUGGAAAAGCUCGAAAACUAAAUCUGAAUCCGAAAGAGAAGGAAAGUAAACUUCACUGCGAGGAACAUGAGGAAGAACUGAAGCUGUUCUGUGAGACGGACAAGAAACUGAUCUGUCUGAUCUGUAGAGAUGCACUGGAACACAAGUCCCACAACUUCAUGCCGAUUAAAAAAGCCGUUAAAAUUUACAAGGAUUGGGUUAAUUCUUCCUUGGACUCUCUCACAAAAAAGAAAUCAGACUUACAGGAAAUGAAGCAGGAACAGAAAGAGAAGAUUGCUGGAGUUCGGGAACAGUCACAAAGCUUUCAGUCCCACAUCACAUCCCAGUUUGCUGAACUGCGCCGGAUUAUCACCGAGAAAGAGCAGAGCACACUCCGAGAUCUCAGGGAAGAAGAGGAGAGGAUUCUAAAUCUAAUGGAGAAAAAUCUUCAAGUAAUUCAAGAGAAUUUAAAUUCCAUCCAGGAGGAAAUCUCAAAGUUACAGGAACAGAUGGAUCAACAAGACAAUAUCAUAUUCCUCAUGGAGGAAGCUCGUCGGAAGAGGAGGAUAAGUGACGAUAGGCAGAUAUUGUCAGUUGCAGAUGGUGCCCUACUGGUUGAAAAAUUCAAUCAUCCCUAUUUGCUCGACAUAGCGUCGGAAGAAGCGAUUAUCAGCAUUAAACAAGUCUCUGUCACCCUGGAUGUCGAAACGGCGCAUCCGCGGCUCGAGGUGUCUGAGGAUCGGAAGAGUGUGAGACUGACCGGGACCCGGAGAGAUCUCCCUGACACCGGGAAGAGGUUCACAGACCGGGUUUGUGUGCUGGGAUUGGAGGGAUUCACAUCGGGGAGACAUUACUGGGAGGUGGAGGUGACGGGGAAUCGGCGCUGGAGUCUGGGAGUCGCCGCAGAGUCUGUGGAGAGGAAGAGACGGGUCCGACCGAGUCCGGAGACCGGAUUCUGGAUCAUCGCGCGGAUUGAUGAUGUGAUGUGGGUUCUCACCUCCCCUGAGUCCCGUCUCCCUGCUGGUCCCUUCCCCGGGAGGGUAGGAGUUUAUCUCCGUUACGAGUCCGGGACAGUUUCAUUUUACAACGCGGAGACCAAGUCCCAUCUCCACACCUUCACUGGGAAUAAAUUCAUGGGGAAACUUCAUCCUUUCUUCGGGACUUGGGAUGAAAACGAGUGGCUGAGAAUCUGCUCCGGUUCCGCUCCGGGUCUGUAAACGGGUCGGGUCCCGGGACCGGUGACAGGAGAAAGUCAGUGUAAAUAUAAAUGUGCAGAGAGUGAAAUAAACACGAU